CGGGACAUAGAAGCAAGGUUUGAGCAGAUGGACAUGGCUGGGGUGAGUGGCAGGCAGUGACACCCACAUCUGACUUACAGAAUUCUGGGGAAGGAGGGUGUUACAUCUUUUGAUAGACUUGAGGAACCUUAAGAAGCUCGGGGUGGGGCAGGAGAUAGGGAGCCAGCAGUCUCUUGGGGCAGAUCAGUCAAUAUGCAUCUGAUCACCCAGCCCACCAAAGCUAGUUAAAGUCAGGAAUGAGGACAACUUUGGGAUAGCUAUGAGCCAGGUUGGAGUUGGAGGUACAUUCAAGGCACCCCUGUUUUUAUCUUAAGAGGGAGUUCUUCAGGCUUUUCAAGUGAUUGACAUUUUCAAGCCUGUUAGCCACAGCACAGUGACAGAAGGUGAAGUUACUGGGAAACAGAUUGCAGCCCCAUGAACUGGUAGCUCACUGUGCAGGCCACUCUCCCGACUCUAGUCCAAAGGUGAAGGCAUGCCCUUCUCUCAGUGCCCAGCCCCUCCCUUUGUGGCUUUUCCUUACUGAGGCCUUCAGGUUCCAGCCAAGGAAAAGCCUAAUCAGGGUAGGUAACUCUCAGUACCAAACCGGUUUUCCCACCUCGACUAGGGCUGACAUAUUAUCUCUGGUAAAUUCCCAAUCCCAACAUACCCCAGCCACCAAGUUCUCUCUCCCCUGGAAUGUAAGGGGUGGGGGACAUCCAAGUCACCCAUUGUGUCUUAUUUGCCUUAGGGUGUGGGCCAGAAAGUCUGGCCAGAAAGGGUGGAGUCUUGUAUUUCUGACACUAGGGGAUUGCCUCCCUUGAAGCUUAGUUUUGUUUUGUUUUUUUUAAGGCAAAUUUUGUUUUUAUUUGUAUCAAGGUAGGGAGGAACUAGGGCCUACAGCAACCUAGGCAACUGUCUUACUGCUGAGCCAUACAUCCCCUUGAAAGUUUUGAAACAAAGUCAAGCAAAGGAGUUGGGAUUUCAUUUGACAUUACCCCUUCCUCUAGUUGGAAGUCUGGAGGAGAGGACCAGAAAAUCUAGUCUACCCAGUGGGUGUGCUCUGGAGUAAGUAGGAAGGAGCACUGGAUUAUUCUCUAGAUGCCUUGGAUAGUCUACCUCCUUUAUCUCAAGUACCAAGUCAAAUCUCUGAUCUGUCUCCUUCCAACAAGAAUCUCUUUUAUUGGACUCCAUGACUUAACAAUAGCUGAUGCUAACAGGGCUAUUUUUUUGUGCUAGGUGUCAAACAUUCAGGUGCCCUUAUGAGGUAACAAAACAAACAAGAGUCACAGAGGUUCAGUAAUGUGCCCAGUGCCACACCCAUUAGCCUAUUGGAAGCAAACUGUCUCCUCAGGCAGGCUCUGGGAGUAUCCCUUCAGUACUUUGUAUUCCUUUCCUAAGGAGGGACCUGUGUUCCUAACCCUCCCGGUUGCAGGAAUCAAUUCCCAAGCCAGACUAGCCUUUAAAGAGAGACUAGGGGUGUGACGGUGUCUGUACAAGCUCUUGCUUUCAGGGUACAGCUGACUUGCAAUCCCCCAAACCCAUACAAAUUCAAGAUACUUACACUUUUUUAUUCCUAUUUUGUAAAUUACUUUCCAAGUGAACCUUUGGGACAAGUAGAUGAAAACUUUCCAUUUUUACAAAGGAAAUAGGGUUAAGGAAUUAAAUGACCUUCCCUAAGAAAACAGCCUUGAUCUGCCUUCCCUGGGAGUCUGGGUUACAUAUUAAAAGCUACAGUAGAACACAGUGCUGGGACUGGAAAAUGGCAGUGACCCUAGGCUGACAGGGUAGCCGGAGGGAACUGUUGAGGAAGCACUAUUAAACAGCUUAUCGGGCAGGAGAGAUGGUGUAGUGCUUCCAGAGGAUCCAGGUUUGGUUCCUAGUGUCCACAUAGUGGCUCAACCAUCUGUAAAACCAGUUCUGGGGGAUCGAACACCUGUCCUUUGCCUGUACCGGGCACACACAUGGUACGCGUAUAUAAAUACAGCUAAAACACCCAUACACAUAAAAAAAUAAUAAUUUCAAAAUAGACAACUUAUCACACAAUCUCCAUAUGUAUCAGAUUAGCAGAACUCUGUGCUGGCCACCCCCACCUCCCACCUCAACCUCAACGGGUGACUUGAGUGGUGAUGCUGCCAUGCUGCUUCCUUUAGAGCUGAUAAAUGACGCAGAAAGGGGUUUUGGGGACAUAUUAGAUUUUCGCAAAGCCCAGAAUGGGUCAGUGAUUGUUCAGCAGGUGGUGUGGGCAGAUAGGUGAUGCCUUCUUAGGGAGAAAGGAAGAUGUAAGUACAGCUAACUGCCCCUUCAAAACUUGGGCCCAAGGGAAGGUAACAUGGAAAAACUACAACUCCCAGAAGUCUCUGUUUCCAGGCAAGUAGCGACGGUUGCUAUGGUUUCGGAAAACAAUAUGGCUGCUCCCAGAUGGGAUUUGAGUCUGUGCGGAAUAGGGACCCAAACGUAUAUCUGAACGCUCGCAGUUGCGAGAGGAGGCAUUUGAAGGGUCCUGGGGCUGGUGCUGGGCUCUGUUGGAAACACUGAGGCCUUGCUCUGGAUCCAAUGGAAAGCAGCGUGGAUGAGGAGGCUCUGCACCAGCUGUACCUUUGGGUAGACAACAUCCCUCUGUCCCGACCCAAGAGAAACCUCUCCCGGGACUUCAGUGACGGAGUCCUGGUUGCAGAGCUUAUCAAGUUUUACUUCCCCAAGAUGGUGGAGAUGCACAAUUACGUCCCUGCUAACUCUCUCCAGCAGAAGCUCAGCAACUGGGGUCACCUGAACAGAAAGGUGCUGAACAAGCUGAACUUCUCUGUCCCCGACGACGUGAUGCGGAAGAUUGCACAGUGUUCUCCGGGGGUAGUGGAACUAGUCCUCAUUCCACUGAGGCAGCGCCUGGAGGAGCGGCAGAGGCGCCAGAAGCUGGGUGUUGGCUCCUUACAGGAGCUGGCUCCUCAGGAUAGCAGUGGCUACAUGGAUAUGGGUUUGUCCCAGAAGGUUCGAGGAGACGGUGCCCCAGCCUUGGGAGAGCAGCUCAGAGAGGGCCGUCCGCUGGCUUCCCGACCCCCUGGGCAUAACCAGGCGCUGCAGGGCGAUCCGAGCUUCGUCCUCCAGAUCGCUGAAAAGGAGCAGGAGUUGUUGGCUUCUCAAGAGACAGUACAGGUCCUUCAGAUGAAGGUGAAGCGUCUGGAACACCUGCUCCAACUCAAGAACGUGCGCAUCGAUGACCUCUCCCGGCGGCUCCAGCAAGCCGAGCGCAAGCAGCGGUGAGCCGUGCCAAGGCUGCGCGGGGCUUCCCAGUACCCGCCAGAGCCCAGACGGCGCGACCCACCCACUCACCUGCGGACACAGGGUUGGGAGGGCGGAGCGAGCUGCUCUCUAGCGUCUCCUGUAGCUGCCGCGCUCGGCUGCGGUGGGCUCUGGCGAACAUGGGGGUGCUCAAAGCUGAGGCCGAGGACUGAUCCUCCUCCUUACACUCCAUCUGGGCCAGGAAAAAGGACCACUUUCCACAGCCCAGAAAACCUGUACGAACACACCGCAUGACCUCCCAAAUCGUGUCCACUUUGAAGCUCCCGGCGCUGGGCCUGGAGAGGCAGUCCUCUGGCUCGGUCCACUGCCCUAGAACCGGUUCUUUUCUCAGCAUAGAAGAUAGCUUCAUCUCUAUCCAUGCUAAAUCUCCAUGGCCUUCGACACAGGAGGAACUAUCCCCGGAAGCUGAGGAAUUCUCUUGCCCCUCGCUGACCUGGGACUCUUCUCAGGGCUGGAAAUCACAGCUGCUGGAGAGGAAGGGAUAAGGUGUAGAAGUAGUCAGAAGUAAUGGAGGCAUCCAGUGGUGCCAUCGCUCUCCUCUCAUGGAGCAUUAUAAGGAGUGCCUGGGAAAAACAGGGCACAGUUGUCUCCAUUAAAGGUGGUGGUGUGUGUU